UUGGCUUAGCGCUCUCGGUGGGCGUGGCCUGCGUUCGCUGCUGCCUUGGAAGUUCGGACGCUGUUCCACGGUUAGGGGGUCUCCGAUGGCGCGCAUGAGCAGUUGGGGGGACCUGAACGUUCGAAGGACCGUUAGUGACCGUUGGUAGAAGGAUUAUGACUUGGAACCAUGGAUAGAAGGAAAGAUUCAGACAAACAGCUGGACCCUCCUGCUGCGUUCGGAGUCCCAAGAUCCACUGAGCCCAGAGGCUUGAUCCCACCUUCACAUUUCCAAAGCCGGUCAGCACCACCUUUGGCAGUGCCUGCUGCACUGCCCCGGAGUGCCACACCUCUCUCUAAUUGGGAGGCCACUGAACUCAGGCGAGAAAACCAGUGGCUGAAGGAUGAACUUCAUAGGUGGAGCACAAAGGGGGAGAAGACAGAAGAAACUGGAAACAAAAGCAGGUCCCUGGAUAGAGAAGCUGAGCCUCUGAAUGCGUCUCACACCUUAGCUAUGUCCCAACAGGCUGAGAUCAUCUCUCACCAGCUUCAUGAAAUCCAGAGGCUGGAAGCUGAGCUUACCACCCUCCGGAUUGCCUCAGCCCAGCAGGAGGCAGUGGCAGCUAGUCGGGAAAAUGCUCUUGUCAGCAUCCAAGGAGAACUGACAGAGCUCAGAAGCCAAAGCCAGGCAGAGGCAGCCACGUUGAAAACAGAACUGGAAGAAGUCAAGAAGGGAAGCAGACUGGAGACUGAGGCUCUGAGAAAGGAGCUUGAGGAACUUAGGAGGCGAAGUCAGGUGGAGGCAGAUUCUCUGAAGGAAGAGCUUGAAUUGACCAAAGAAAGGCAUGGCCAUGAACUUGGACAGGCACGGGAAGAGUUGCAAGAAGUGGUUAAAAGAGCAGAAGAUGAGCAGAAGCGUCAAGAAGAGAGGGCUCAGGAGUGCCUUCAGACAACAGUCAAGCAGCACCAGGUAGAGUUGUCCAGGCUCUCUGAAAUCCAUGGAGUUGAAGUUGCCUCUCUGAAGCAUCAGGUGUGUGUACUACAACAGGAUCUGGAAAUGCACCAUAAGGAGACAGUCCAGUUAAGGGAGCACAGGGAUGUUCUCCAGAGCCAGCUCAGCUUGGCUGAGGCCGAGUUGGCCUCCCAGAAUGCUUUGGUGCUGCAGCUGAAGACGUAUGUAGGAGAACAGGAGGCAAGGCAACCCAAUUCUGAGCAGGAACAGCUGAGAAACAGAGUACAGCAACUGGAAGAUGAAAAAGAUACUUUGAAAAUUACAGCUGAGCUUCUGCAGGUUCGCCUGGCUUCCCUCAAUGAUAUCUUGACGCUACAGGAGACAGAGCUUAACAAAAAGGUGCAGCUCCAGGACCCUCUUCAGCCUGAGUCAUCUCAGAAGCUCCAGGGACUGCUGACCCGAUGGCGAGAGAAAGUGUUUUCUCUUCUGGUGCAGCUGAAAUCCCAGGAAUUUAGUCACAGGAAUACCACUAAACAGCUAGACUGGAAGAUAAAAGAACUAGAUGAAGAAGUGGAGUCCAGGGAACAGAAGGUGGCACUGUUGUUUCACAGCCUGGAGGACAAAACUGCUGAGGCAAAUGUGGAGCAAGUGAGAAACAAGACCCUCCAGGCAGAAGCAUUGCGCUCAAAGGAACUAGCACAGAAACUUCAACAAAGGGCAGAAGCUGCUGAAAGUGCCCUUAAGGGACUGGGUGACUUUGUCAGCAGGCUAAGUCAGCAGCUGCUGGGACAGGAGGAGACAUGGAAAGCAGCCUUGUCACGCCUGGUGGGUCUGGGAAACAGAGUUGCUUUUGCGGCCAAGAGGGUUGACACCAUCCAGGGGUUGGUUUGCCAGAAAAUAGCACUAGCCAGACUUCAGCAGGAGGAGAAAGCUUCUAUCAUGAAAUUGACCCAGGAGAUGAUCCAGCCAUCUUAUGAAGACCUGAAAGCUGAAUUACAGAUGCUCCAUGAAGAACGAGACCAGCUUUCAAUGGAGCUUAAACGUGGGGCUCAGCUCAUAGAGAGGAAGGUGACUGAAGCAAGAGAAAAAGUUGAGUCUGACCUCCAGGAAAUGAGGGAGAAGUCAUGGAGCCUACAAGAAGCACUGGAGGCAAAGGCAGUGGUGGAGAAGGCCCUGCGGCAACAGCAGGAAGACACAGAGAGGCAGUUAGACAAGGUGUGCCAAGAGCUGCAGAAGAGUGAGGAAGCUGCAGAGAAUUUGAAACAUGAGCUAGGACAAAUGAGAGAAGAAUAUGAAAGAGCGCUGCAGGAGAAGGUGACUGAAGUUGAAACGCAGCUGCGCAAAGAUCUUUCAGAAAUGGAAAAAUGUCUCAAUGAAGCACGGAGGGAGCAUACCAAGGCAGUGGUUGCCUUACGCCAGGCUGAGCGACAGGCAGUGAGAGACAAGGCUCGCAGUGAGGAGCUGGCCAAGCUGCAGGAAUCUGCUACACAGCAGGAAAUAGCACGGCUUGAAAAGCGCAUGCAGGAGCUUGAGAGGGAUAAGAACCUGCUGAUGGCCACCUUGAAACAGGAGGGGCUGUUGGCUCAGCACAGGCAAAAUCGACGGUUAGCAAUUCGGGGCCCAGAAGAAUCAACUGGGAGGACAGGGCCUAAGCCUCCAUCUAAAGAGUCCCUGUUUGCUGUGCUGGAUGAUCUGCAGGUUCUGGGUGCUGCUAUCUUAAGUGAAGAGGAGGUAGACAAAGAAGGAAGCACCAGUGCUGACACAUAGGAGUGUUUUUGAAGAAAAUAAUGUACUUGCAGAUUGCUUGAAUGUGGGAAUGAAAAUGGUUAGAUUGAUAUUUGUAAAUAAAAAUUAUUUUAAGUAGUCACCCUGG